AUUACAGUGGAUCCUCAUGAUCUAUUUGAAAAUAUUCUGAACAUCAAGAAAGCUCAAGUCGUGACGAAAAUAAACGAGCUCGAAAACCCACCUGAGGGCGGCAAGUAUGUGACAUAAAACUCGUUUAGAAAUUGCGGCCAAAAAUCGACACUUGAGUCAAGUCAUUCUAACUGAACAUACAUAGAUUGUACAUACUGCAUGCGUGCACUGAAUAAUAAUGAGGCAAACCACAGAAUUAGUUCACGUUUUUGAUUAAUUAGCAACAAUUUGACAAAAAGAAAAGGCUGAAGCCCCCAAAACAAUAUUAGGUGACUAGAGCAUAAUUUAAUUAAAAACACUUUGUUAUGAAUAAGUCAAAAUAAAGCAAAACAAUGUAUGAUUUUUAUAUUUAACUCAAGGAAAACAGCAGGAAGGCGGAAAGAACAUUAUGUAAUACAGUAUAGGGUUAGAGUGAGGCCUGUUGUUAGAGCUGUGAUUACAAUAAAUCUUAUUAUCUUGCUACAUGAAGUACGCUUGUUUUUGUGAAAAUUCCGGUUGCGGUCUGUUCAAAUUAUUCCAACAUUGUCCAGCAUUGUUGGACUGGACAUUUUUGACAAAGUCAAACCUGAUCCCACAUCUUUCAACAUCACUCGACAUUGUCCAAAAUAAUGUUGAAACACAACCAACAAUGUUGCGUCCAAUAUAGCCUGCGUAGCAGGCGUUUAGUGCGGGCGGGAGAAGAAAGGGCGUCGUUAAAUAAACGCCUGCCCAAAUGCCUAUGAUUAAUUUGUUCUUCUCCGAAGAAUCUUCGGAAAAGCUUCGCAUUGGUUAAUCUCGCUAACGGAAGUAAUUACGUAACUCAAAAUGUCAACAAUAAUUUUGCUCGCGUUGACGCGUUUAUAGUCGCGUAUCAAAAAUAUGCCGCCUGUUAAUGCUUUCGAGGAAACUUUCUUAUAUUUCAAGUAUUUAGGCUUCGAAAUUCAGUUGAACCAGAACAGAGAAAGUAUAUUAUUAAUUUGCUACGUGGUGAAGACGCCGGUUAUCGCGAUUCUUCCUAGGAAUACGGAAAAGUUUGAUCUUUCAAUUAUACAUUUUAAAUAUAUCCUGAAUAUUUCUUUAAUAUAUUUGUCUUGUUAUUUGUUCACUUUAAAGUAUAAUUCAAGACCAGACAGUUGAGGCUAUAUCACUUGGCAUUGCAGCUAUGAAGUUGAAUGACGAUUUUAAAAAUAACAUUUCAAAACAUGCUCAACUGUUAUAUUUGCUAUAUACGGCAAAAUACGUUAAACAACCGUGGUUCAGGAGUCUUUUAAAAGAUAAAAGCUCUGUGCACGUUGUGACUGACUGUUGUCUAAAAUAGCUUCAAAACUCAUUAAUAAUUCAUGAGGAAAACACAAAGAAAAAUCAUAAACGUGUCGUAUCCUUGAUAUGUGAUAGAGAUUUUCCUUGAUUUACAUAAAUUUUAAUGAUUUUUUCUACAUAUACACACCGAAUUUUUUGAAAGCUACUUCGCCAAUGAACGUAUACUAAAUCGAUCGUUUUUGAAGCAAUUUAAAACAUUCGCAGUGCGUGUUUUAUCAGACCAUCUUUAUAUCUGAUAAAACACUCUGCAAAUCUCCGUAGUUGCCGAGCAAAAAGCAUGCAUGAUGCUAAAUAUAAAUCUCGACUAUGAUUGGAUAAUGGGUGAAGGUGCUAAUUACAAAACGUCAAUCAUCCUUAAUGGGCGGAAACAAAUUUGUCAUAGCCAAUUUGGGCAGGCGUUCUCUCUGUACCCGCCCGUCAGCUAAACGCCUGCUACGCAGGCUACGUCCAAUAGUGUGCGACCAACAUGUUGGACUGAUUUGGACGCUUUUUAUCGUCUUGUUUCGCGCACAAUACGGCUUGAGGUUGAGUUAUGAUUGUGGUCAGGAGAAUCAAAAAUAAAUAUAUAUUUUUGCGCAAAACAUUACUAUGUUAUCUCAAUUCAUACAUAAUUGAUACACAAAAAGAAGCUCAUAAUACUUUUGUUUGUGGAAAUACCACGAAAACAAACAAAAAGUAUUAUAUGUUUUAUCGCCAUGCAAACCUACAAAGAACUUAUAAAGAAGCUUGAUUUCAAAUACCGAAAAUUUUGUUGAAUAGCGAGUUUGAGCAAGAGAAUGAUCUGCUUGCAUUAUCUUGCGUAUACUGUUGGGGUCAGCGAUGGUUGUCCCAUGAAGACAGGUUAUACAUUCAUGUAUUAGUGUUCCUAAUUCCACACAAUACAGCGACUCAGACUCAGUAUGCGCACGAUAAUGUGCAGAUGGACAAAAGUUGUCAAGUACGUCUUCGUUUUCAAUUCGUACAUCAGUGCCUUGCUCAAACUCUCUAAUAUUGAACGUGCAAAACCAACUGUACAUUGUACAAGUCGCUUAUUAAGAACCAAAGUACCUGCACUAAAGGACCAAAGUAUUGCGGACAGAACACAAACUCGUGAUUUGUAGUGGUUUUAUACUUUUAUAAUAUAGCGAACGGAUUAAACGUAUUUCUUAAAACCUUAAAUAAUACGUCAAAUGUGUUGACAAUAUUAGUAAAACACUGCAAAUUACAAGUUUAUGGUCACUACUUCAGUACUUUUAUAAUUAGUUCAGAACUUCGGUAUUUUAGUGAGCAACUUGCGAAGUUAUAGCUUUACAAGAUCCACGCCCAAUAUUCCAAAUUUAAAGAAACAUAACGAAGGCCGUCUAAUUAUAACUCUCGGGAGUCUAUAUCGCACAGAACACGCGUGAUAAUUGCAUGUCUACCCUAUACAUGGAUAUUAACAAUAAUUAAAUAUUUUCACUAGGUUUCCUCAACCCCCUGUUGGUGUCAAUGCCUUUUAUGAUCCUCAAUCAAACAAAAUAAGUAAGUAUUGUUAUGUACAUGCAGAAAUUAUUAUUUUUCAAUGAUUGCAUGAUUCUCGAAAAAAAGGUUUUUAUGUACUAUAAAAAUAUAAUAAUUAUAAUAUUCAUGGGUUUUUUCCCAGCUGUUCUGACUGGAAUGCUGAAGGAACCAUUUUAUGGAAGUGAGAGAUUAAAGUAA